CCUUUCAUGAGCAGGUCAUAUGUAUAAAAUCCAACUACCCAUGUCUCUUCUGAGUUCUGACCCUCUCCAGUACUCUUGUGAAAAAGAAAAAAAUGGGACUUCUUCCAUGUCCAUUGCCUUGCCUCACAGACAAUGAAUCCGAAUCUCACUCCAUUAAUCCCCUUCAAUCAGAGUCAUCAUCCUCUUCUCUCUCUUCCCAACCAAGUCUACCCUCUGUUCCUUCCCUCUCCACAUCAUCUCAACAACAUGAACAACCUACUACCACUGCCCACCACCUUUGCAUAGCCACCCUCAAAGCCCACUCCUCUUAUGUCUCCUCUCUAGCCGUCGCUGGCAAAUUCCUCUGCAGCGGCUCUUCUAACAGCGAGAUACGCUCAUGGGCCCGAGAUCCUUCCGGGCUCGAUAACAGUUCAACAGAUAACGUGGUGGCUAUAAGCAACGGCGCCGUUAAGUCUCUGGUAGUUUUGGAGGAUAAGCUAUUCAGCGCUCAUCAAGAUAACAAAAUCCGCGUGUGGAAGAUCGAUGCCGAUAAUCCACACCAGAAGUACAAAUUCAUAGCCGCCCUCCCCACGCUGAAUGAUCGUUUUUCAAGGUUUUUCUCCGCCAAGAACUACGUAGAGGUGCGGCGACACAAGAAGAGUACGUGGGUACAUCACGUUGAUAAUGUUUCAGCUCUUGCCGUGUCGAGAGAUGGGUCUCUUCUCUACUCGGCUUCGUGGGAUCGGACGUUCAAGAUUUGGCGAACCUCCGAUUUUAAGUGCUUGGAGUCUGUAGGGAAUGCGCACGACGAUGCAAUCAAUGCGAUAGUAUUGUCCGAAGAUGGGUUUGUUUACACGGGUUCGGCGGAUAAGAAAAUCAGGGUGUGGAAGCUUGAGCAAGCGGGAGAAAAAAAGCAUUCAUUAGUGGCUACGUUAGAGAAGAAGCACAAGUCGGCCGUUAAUGCCCUGGCUCUAAGCACCGAUGGGUCUAUUCUCUAUUCCGGUGCCUGUGAUCGGUCGAUUCUUGUGUGGGAGAAAGAUGGUGAAUCCAGAGGUGGUAAUGAUGGCGGUGGACAUAUGGUGUUGGUGGGUGCGCUUAGGGGCCACAGCAAAGCAAUAUUGUGCUUGGCCGUGGUGUCGGAUUUGGUGUGCAGUGGGUCGGCCGACAAAACAGUUAGGAUCUGGAGGAGAGGGGUGGAGAAGAGCUAUUCUUGUUUGGCUGUGUUGGAAGGGCAUCGACGCCCCGUUAAGUGCUUGGCGGCGGCUGUUGAUGGAAAUAGCGAUCCAAGUGGUUCUGAUUCUUGUAGUUGUUUUCUGCUUUACAGUGGUAGCUUGGAUUGUGACAUUAAGGUCUGGCGAGUAUGGGUUCCCUUUCUUUAAAGGUUGUUCCUUUUUCUUUUAUUUAUUUUUUAUUAUACAAUUUUGUACUUAACGAUGAGAAAGUUUUUGCUUCAUAUUUGCAAAGUGAAUUGAACUAUUGAAGUGAUCUA